AUGGACUCGCUCCGCCCCUCGCCCUCGCCCUCGCGCUCGCCACACACCCACAUCCUCCGCCCGAGACGCUCGUUCCAGCGAAACCCGUUCUCGUCAAAGACCAACAUCCUCUCGAGUCUCACCGGCAACAACGGGGGAGACAAGCUCCAGAGUCCGGUCAAGUUGGCGGACGCGUCGGGGAAUGAGGGGGCGGCGAGUACGGGCAAGGGCAGGGGCAGGGGAGGAGGAGCGAUGUUGUUCCCGCCGUCACCUGGCAACCCUCCCGCUGUCCACGUCUCGACCGCUCCUUCCACGUCGACCCUCCCCUCUCCCUCGGGCACUUCCGCCGCCCCUUCCUCCUCCUUUCGCAGCAGCACCCGCCCAGGCCAACGCGAAGUUGCAGGUCUGAAGCGACUCGCAAGUGCGUUCGGCGGCGCCGUGCUCGGCAAGACGCGCAGUUCGACCGCCCUUCGAAAGGCGUUCGACCUCGGCGACUGGAACCAUGACCUCGCAGCCAUCGCGAGUCACCCGCCUAGCUCUACGCCGACGAGUCCAGGUCCGCAAGAUGUCCUUGCUGGACGGCGGGCGAGGCCAGCGGAUUCGGCGAGGGGAGAAUCGGCGACUAGCUCGCUCAGCGGAGGAGACAUGUCGAGCCCUGUGAACGAGAUCUCGCCGCGGAAUACGAGGCAGAGACCGGCGUAUGGGAGGGCUGGGGAGGAUUUUGUGGCGCGAUUAGGGCCCGAGUCGGGGAGGCGGAGGAAGAGUGACGAGAUGGAUGAGGACGAGCGGGGGUCGUUUCAGCUUGCGAGUCCCGCAGCAGCGGCUGCGUCGGUCGUACCGGCUGUCCGACCGCGCGAGUCGCACCAUAUCCAUCCGCACCACGCACACUCUCGAACGCACUCGCUCGCCCAUGCGCACACUCUUCGCUCCUCGCGCAUGCUCUCGUACCAGGCGACGGGAGGCGAAAACUCGCCAGGCCCGUCGUUCGCCUCUCCUGUCUCGCUCCCUCGCUCCGCCCCCUCACUCAACCUCGACAACCCGUUCGUCUCCCCUCCGUCCGACACCUUCUCCUCCGGUACCGCUCCGCCCCCUUCGAAGCGCGUCUCGAUCGACCGGCUCACGGCCUUUGACGAGGCGGACGAGGACGCGUCGUUGUCGGGCGACGACGCCGUCUUUGGCGGUCCUUCGCUCGCCUCGCACGCGCCUCGCAAAGUCGGGCGGGCAAAGAGUCUUUCCAAGCCGUCUGUUCCGUCGUUCAACGUCGUCGCCAUCCCUUCGUCCUCCUCCCACCCCGGCUUCUCGACCACUCGCCCUCACUCGCCCAACCUCGCCCCUCCCGCCUCUCCCUCACCCACCGACUCUCUCCGACCCACCACCCUCCCCCGCCCACGCAAUAGCGGCCCGUCAAACUCUCCCGCACUCGACACACUCAACGAAGCCGGUCCCGCGAUCGAUUACUUCUCGAACCCGGGAAGCGAGCUGCGCGAUGGGGCUGUCAGUCCGACUGGAUCGACUGGCGGAGGAGCUGGGACGGGGACGAUGACGCCCCCGAGGAGAAGGGGAGAUUCGCAUGGCGCUUUCAACCUCUUUGGUGCGAAAGCGCCUGCCACGGGUGGGGGAGUAGGAGUUUCGGCGGCUGAGAAGGCGGCGAGGAGGCAUUCGAUGCUCCCUCAGGCCAGCGGGUUCAGCCUUCACACGUCCUUCUCACCCACUUCCUUCGACGCGUCCUCGACGAAGCUCUCCCCGCUCAAACCAAGCACCGCAUCAGGAUCGACUUCGAUGCCUGAUAUGUCCGAGGCGAGCGACCGCCCGCCGCCGUUGCCGAGGUUGAGGCCGUUGCAUACGACGGGCGCGAGGAGGUCGAGUUUGGCCCCGAGCGAUGCGGAGAGGAUUGGGACAUUCGAGAUGAAACCUUUCGGUACCCCGCUUCAAGCUGCUUCGAGGAAGCGCAACGCGAACGGCGCGCUCCUACCCGGCGCGGCGACGAGCAAACUCGCCGCCAACUCGCCAAUCAUCAACCCGCCUUCCUCUUCUCCCGCCCAACCGCGCUCGCGGCUCGACGAGCGGCGGUCGUCGAUGGCGGAAGACGAAGACUACGCGAUGGACGAAGACGAGGGCCCAUCGCGGCACAGUAUGGACAGCUGGAGGGGAACGGUGCCCGCCUUGACAGACGCCGCGACCUCCGUCUCGUCUUCCUCGCUCUGCACCGCUCUCUCCGGCCAACUCGAGCAAAACGACAACGUCGCCGUUACAGCCUCGACGUCGACUCACUCGCUCAACUCGACGCACGGCGCUGCGCAGCCUGAAGGUGCCGGACCUGACGGGACGUUCUUCACGCCCCAGAACUACAAGAACGUCAGACCGCUCGCUGCGGCGUUCAUGUCCACCGGACUCGUGAGCAAGCGCAGCAGGCCGAGGACGAACAGUAUGGGCGGCGCGCCGGUGUUCAACCUCCACCAGCAUCUGCAGCAACAGCUUGGCGAGGCGGUUCCGCCGAAAGGGUCGCCUAUGAAGGCACCCGCCGGAGCUGGGGCGAUCCAGGGCGACGCGUUUGCGCCGCUGCCGAACCCGCUCGUCGCGAGCUUGUCGCGCCCGUCCAUGCCCGACACGCCUGUCAAGAGGUCCGCCUUCGUCCAUGGUCAGUCGGCGACGGUCGGGGCGGGUCGCUCGUCGCUUGGAUCCGCAUCGGUCGCCACGCCCGGUGUCGUCGUCGAGGACGCCAGCAGCUCAGACGGCUGCCAGCCUUCGCCUACGACCGCAGCGAUGGACGCCGGCUCGCCCGUCGGUCACAACGCCUCCAACCAGGCCUCGCUCACGCUCGACGAGAUGUCCGAGUCGCAAGAGUCGAUCUCGCCCCUCGGCAGCGCCAAGAAGCACUUCCAGCGGUCCGCUUCGCCUCUCUCGCGUGGGUCCGUCUCGCCUUCGUCGUCGUCGACUGAGGCGUCUGGGCCGUCUGGCUCGGCAUCGAAGAUGCGCACGGGUUUCGACUCGGGCGACAUGUCGCCUACCGUGCACGCCUCGAAGUCGGCGUCUCGCUUUGGCUCGGCGUCGAUGCGCAACAGUCUCGGCAGAGUUCGUCCUGCGCUCUUCCGACGCCGAUCAAGCGGCCAGCUCUCGAGCGAGGGCAGCUUCUUCGGGAUCCAGUACCGGUCGGGCAGCAGCUCGAGUUCGGGCAAGAGUACGGCGACGCACGCGAUCUGCGAGGGGGAGCCGAUGACUCCCACGAGGAGCGUCGGGGAGAAGUACUGGGAGGGAACGCAGCUGCUCGAUACGCCGACGGAGGAACCGCCCGUCACGCCUGCGACGCCGGGGUUCCCGAACCUCCCGCCUCACCCGUUCGUCCUCCCGAACCAAGCCAGCAUCUUCCUCCAGGCCGCUCAGACGCCUCACGGCGCACCUCGCGCAUCGUACCCUCUCUCCGAAGCCGAGCAGCGCCAGCGACCUGGUCCUCCGCCUCCUCAAGGUCGCCCGCAGUUCAAGGUUCGCCACUCGAGCUCGACGGUCCUCUCGCUUCGCCAGCAGGAGUUGUUGCAGCCGAGCAGGUUCGAGACCAACUACACGCUCCUGCGCAACCUUGGCAACGGCGCAUUCAGCGAUGCGUGGGAGGUUGCCGACCAUACGAGGGAGGGCAAGGUGUACGCUGUCAAGCGGACGAAGAACCCGUUCUUGGGACCGAAAGACCGCCUCCGCCGCCUUGAAGAGGUCGACAUCCUCCGACUCUUCUCGAGCGAGAAGGACGCCUCGCCUCACCUGAUCUCGCUCGUCGACGCAUGGGAGCAAAGCGGCCACUUGUUCAUCCAGACCGAGCUGUGCCCGGCAGGCAACCUAGCGUACUGGCUCGAAGUGUACGGCAGCGAGCACGAGCAGCUGGACGAGUCGCGCGUGUGGAAAAUCCUCGCCGAGCUCUCAGCCGGUGUCGCGCAUCUCCAUUCCCGCAACGUCCUCCACCUCGACCUCAAGCCCGCCAACGUCUUCAUCACCGACAAGGGACACCUCAAGAUUGGCGACUUUGGACUCGCGACGAGGUGGCCGCGCGCUGAUCCGCUCAGUAUCAUGAAGGGCGCGGCGGUUGAAGGACCCGAGUGGAACAGCCUCACGAGCGAGCGGAUUUGGAGGACCGAGAUGGGCGAGCGGAGGGUCCGCGCCAAGUCGAAUGGCGAUGCGCCGGGAGACCUCGAGCGCGAAGGAGACCGCGAGUACAUCGCGCCGGAGAUUCUCAGCGGGCGUUACGGCAAAGAGGCGGACGUAUUCAGCCUCGGCUUGAUCAUACUCGAGGCGGCGGCGAACGUCGUCCUGCCCGACAACGGUCCGGCGUGGCAGAAGCUGCGCUCGAACGACUUUUCCGACGUCGACCUCUCGCGCCUCUCGCCCCUCCUCGUCGACAUUCUCCGCUCAAUGCUGCACAAGUCUCCCGACCUGCGCGCAUCCAUCUUUGACGUCGUCCGCCACCCAGUCCUCUCGCAGCUCAUCGCCAUGCUCGAGCGGUCGCUCGCGUCCACAGCGAGCGAGUCGACGCCCGAAGUGCUCGGCGCCGUCUGCGCAGAAGCCGACUCGUUCCUCCACGACUUGUUCAACAAGGCCUACCCCGAACAGGCGAGCCCUGCGGCACCGGCGUUCCCGCUGCUCAUGCACGACCCGCCGGAGCUGUUCGUCGAUGGUCUUCCGCCGCAGCAAGACUCGGACGACGAGCGGAUGGACGUUGACUGA